AUGUCUUAUAAUUCUGUUCCGGGUGUUGCGGUUCUCGCCCCAGUAAAUGAUAUACAUGCCCAAAUACUUACUCCUGGGGCUCUUGAAUUUCUUGCAAAACUUCACAGAGCAUUUAAUCCUGUUAGAAAGUCCUUACUUCAACGUCGAGCUCUUCGGCAACAAGAAUUAGACCGUGGAGUUCUUCCUGACUUUCUACCAGAAACUGCUCACAUAAGAGAAGAUGAUACUUGGCGUGGUGCUUAUCCUGCACCUGGAUUGGUUGAUAGGCGUGUUGAAAUCACUGGUCCAGUUGAUAGAAAGAUGGUUAUCAAUGCCUUAAAUUGUGGUUCUUCUACUUAUAUGGCAGAUUUUGAAGAUUCUAAUGCACCAACAUGGGAGAAUAAUAUUGAUGGUCAAGUAAAUUUACGUGAUGCAAUUCGUGGAACCAUAACUUUUACCAAUCCUACAAACAACAAGAAAUACUCUUUACGUAAAGAUGGUAAAGUUGCUAUCUUGAUCGUACGUCCCCGUGGUUGGCAUCUAGAAGAAAAACAUGUUGUAAUCGAUGGUGCACCCGUAUCCGCUUCAAUUUUUGAUUUUGCUUUAUACUUUUAUCAUAAUGCAAAGAAGUUAAUUGAAAACGGUCUCGGUCCUUAUUUCUAUUUGCCAAAAAUGGAAUCUCAUUUGGAAGCAAGGUUAUGGAAUGAUAUUUUUAAUGUAUCACAAGAUAUUCUUGGUAUUCCCCGUGGUACUAUUCGUGCCACUGUUUUAAUCGAAACAAUUCUUGCUGCAUUUGAAAUGGAUGAAAUCAUUUAUGAACUUCGUGAACACUCAUCUGGUCUCAAUUGUGGUCGAUGGGAUUAUAUUUUUUCCUUUAUCAAAAAAUUCCGUAACAACCCCAAUUUUACCAUUCCAGAUCGUAGUGAUGUUACCAUGACAACUCCAUUUAUGGAUGCUUAUGUUCGAUUGCUUAUCAAAACUUGUCAUCGUCGCGGUGUUCACGCAAUGGGUGGUAUGGCUGCUCAGAUUCCAAUUAAAAAUGACCCUAGAGCAAAUGCUGUUGCCCUUGAGAAAGUUCGAGCUGAUAAAUUACGUGAAGUUAAAGCCGGUCACGAUGGUACUUGGGUUGCUCAUCCUGAUUUAGUAAAGAUUGCUUUAGAAGUUUUCAAUGAAAAUUUAAAAACUCCAAAUCAAAUUUUUGUACGACGUGAUGAUGUUAAUGUCACUGCUUUGGAUUUGCUUAACGCGAAUGUUCGUGGUGCCAUCACUGAAAAUGGUAUUCGCAAUAAUAUAUCAGUUGGUCUUACUUAUAUCGAGUCGUGGCUUAAUGGUCUAGGUUGCGUACCAAUCAAUAAUCUUAUGGAAGAUGCUGCUACCGCUGAAAUUUCACGAUCGCAAUUGUGGCAAUGGGCUAAACAUGGAUCUCGCACCGCUGAUGGCAAAACUGUCACUGCAGAAUAUUUGCUUAAACUUCUUGACGAAGAACUUGCAAAAUUGGAAAGGCACUUAGGCCAUCAAAAAUUUGCUGCAAGUAAAUAUGGAUUGGCAAAACGUUACUUAGCAAGCCAAAUUACCGGCAAGGAAUAUUCCGAAUUUUUGACCACACUAUUAUAUGAUGAGAUUACAAGUGUUUAUAAUAGAGCUAAGCUUUAA